CUCCACGAUUGUGUGAGUGGCGCGCGAGAGAUAGUCCGUUCUGUGCAGAGUCAGGCGGCGAUGCUCCUUUAAAAAGCGUAGUAGUGUUCAUCGAGUGCGCACGCGAGUGACAGACGACAGUACAUUGCGCGGCGAGAGAGCGCCGAAGUUUCGGGAGUGUGACAAGACGCAAAGGGACGCGGUAGAGAAUAAGGUGUGCAUAUAGAGUCGACGCCGCGCACGCGGAUACAAGCAGUACGAUCCCGUGACGACCGCGACAACAGCGAGGACGACGAUUACGUCGGGCGACGGGAUGGUGAUUCGCAGCGGUGGAAAUAUGCUGCCGCAGGCGAGGACGAAGACGACGACGAUGAGCAUGCUGUUCUGCGGCCUGCUGGUGUGCCUCUGCGUCGGGUUCACCCACGCGAGCUUCGCGGCGGUCUUCGAGUCGACACCACCAUCGAGUUCUUACGGAAACGAUCAUGGAGCUCCACGGCUGGAUUUGGAGAGCCUCGAGAGCGGAUAUCACGGUCUGGUCAAGGAGAAUGAAACUCUGGUCGAGGUCACGCCGCAGAUUCGCGCCCUGGGAACGAAGGUCUGCUCUUUCCGCAUCGCGAACAAGCAUCACGGCGAGGCGCCGUUCGAGAUCGUCCUGAAGGAGAAAGGCAUGGCCGAGUUGCGAGCGUUCCGGGUCCUGAAUUGCGAGAAGCGCCGUAAUUACAAGUUCGAUAUCGCCGCAGUCGGCUGCAACGGAGCGCAAUCCGAAAAUGCCACGGUUCAUAUUACGGUGGUUGACGUCAACGAGUACGCGCCGCAAUUCCUGCAGCCGGCCUACGUCAGCACCGUGGACGAGGGACGCCUCUACGAGGAAGUGGUCCGCGUCGAGGCGUCCGAUCGGGACUGCACGCCGAAGUUUGGCGACGUUUGCAAGUACGAGAUCCUCACUGCCGAUCAGCCGUUUAUCAUCGAUAACGAGGGCGCGAUUCGCAACACCGAGCCCCUCGACUACGAGCGCUCGCAUAACUACAUUCUCAGCGUGGUCGCUUAUGACUGCGGCAUGAAGCAGUCGGCGCCGGCAAUGGUGACGGUCAAGGUGAAUCGCGUAUGCGCUCCCGGAUGGCGGGGUAUCCCCGAGAGAGUCGACUACGCCGCCGGAGUAGGCUCGCAGCCUCUGCUACCGUCGGCGCGGCUCGAUCUCUGCGACGCCCCCUGCAUUCUGCGCAACGUACGCGCCACCUUAACUUUGGCCACUGAUCACAUCGGCAAAGGUUGCGACCGCGACACUUACGGAGUUCGCAGCCAGCGAAAGUUAUGCGGCGCCUCGCGGGACAGUGUGGACCUGCUGCCCACACCGGGACCCACGACCUCCUGGACGGCGUCUCUCUCCAGGGAUGAAGGCAGAGAGGCCGAUGAGAUCUUCGAGUUCGACGGCGUGGACUCGGCCGCGAUCGUGCCGAACGACGUGCUGGAGCACAGCCUGGCGCAGAAGUUCACCAUCGGCGUCUGGGUCAAACAUCGACCGCGUCCGCGGCAGGAUCCGCAUGUUAAGGAGCAUAUUUUAUGCGCUGCUGACGAUCACAAGAUGAAUAGACACCAUUACGCCCUGUUCAUAAGGAACUGCAGAUUGAUUUUGCUGCUGCGACGCGACUUCUCUGAGGGCGAUCCCAAUAUCUUCCGCGCCGCCGAAUGGCGCUGGAAGCUCGGCCAGGUGUGCGAUGACAAAUGGCAUCACUAUGCGAUCCAGGUGGAUUUCCCGCGUGUCAAUCUGCUCGUCGACGGCGAGGAGUGGCGCGCCGACGAAAAGAACCCCGAAGUCAUCGACGACUGGCCUUUACACCCGGCCAAGGGCGUCAACACCACCCUGGUGGUCGGCGCGUGCUGGCAAGGCUCCGAGAACAAGACCAAACACCACUUCCGCGGCUACCUCGCCGGUCUGUCCGUUCUGGUCGGCCGAAACGAGAAAUCGGAAGUGCUUUCGUGUCUACGACGCUGCCAGGAAGGCAUCCACGUGCCGCCCAUGGACCUGUUGCAACCAGGUACUCAAUUGCUGACUAAUUCCGACAUGACCGAAGUGCGUAUCGACGGCGAUAAUCGCACAAACGUGGAGACACUGUUGCGUCGCAUCGGCUAUUCCAACACCCGGCGUUUCCCGACGCCCGGUCGCCGUAACUUCCGCCUCGACACGACGAUUGUCUGCGAGGGCAGUGAGAACACGCCUCUGCCGGUGCCGACUGUGCAAUCUUACGUCACCGUACUACCGCCACCGAGACCAGGCAUCACCGUCAACGGCACCGGUUACGUGGCCAGGGAAUACGCAGAUUUCCGGCUGGGAGUGCGCGUGUUUCCGGACGCCCGCGUCACCGCCGGCUCAGCCGCUCGUUUAGACGCCUGCGCCGUCAGCGUUUAUCCGAGUCUCAAUCCGGAUCACGAAAGUCUGGGAUUACCCGGCGACGCCCUAUUGGCGUUCCAUGACAUCUCCGCCCGCGUCGACCGGGACGGCGUUGUUCUCUCGGGCGCAGACUCGCCCUACAACUACCAGCAACUCAUCCGUCUCAUCAUGUAUACGAACCGCAAGCCGGCUUACUAUCUCGAUCGCGUCUUCAAACUUACCUGCUCCGAACUGAGCGGUCGGUUUGCCAGCAACGAGUACGUUCAGACGUUGGCCGUGAUCCAUCCCAAGGAGAAGACGACCGUCGCGCCGCACACGACGCCCGGUGAACCGCCCAUUGCCAGAAUUAUCGAGCCGGCACCGGGUCACGCGCAGCUUUCGCAGCACCACGCCGACGUGUCGGACGAAUACGCCACAGCCGCGCUUCGCGAAGGCAGCAAAAGCACCAGCGCCGGCCACAGCCACGCCGUGACAAUCGUUGCCGCCGCCUGCAUCGGCUUCUUGCUGCUAAUGGCGGUGGUGGGCGCCGCGCGGGUCCGCGGAGCGGCCAAGCGACGACGAUCCGCCGGCGACGAGCUCGCCGCCGAGACCGAGAUGGCCUGGGACGACUCGGCUCUCGCCAUCACCGUGAACCCGAUGGACAGGUUGACGGAGCAGGAACAGCCCCACCAGAGCCCGCGGGACGAAGACGUGGACGACUCCGGCAGCUCCGACUCCGAGGAUGGCUCGUUCCGGGACGACGAUCUCGAUAGCUCCGACUGCGAGAACGACUGCGACCUCAGCAACGAUCGACAUCGCAGUCACAAUGCGCCGCACGAUCUGGAGUGGGAUCAUCGUGACGUUUAAAUUACAUUACUAUCUCUACACUGAGCAUUCACACAUCCCCCUUUUCUUCGCGUGGCAUUGAGAGGAGUACUGGCCGCGUGCCGCUUUCUUCCGCAAAAUUGCUCCGUCGUAUAACCGUUCUCCUCGGGAUGCGCGCGAUACGCCCGUAUUACGGACACGUUUCGGAAGCAUGCCGCGAAGAAGCUAUCAUCGGUUUCGCGAGCUCGUUCUAUAGAGUUUCGGAUCAUUGUCUACGGAUGUCUCUGGUCGAACGCGAUUUGCACCGGACAGAUCGACUUCUCGAGGAGGUUCCCUCCUCGCGCAUCAGAUAUCACGACGCGUCGUUAAGAGAUUAGAAUAUUUACUACACUUUCGAAUCUUAGAAUAUAGUGUAUUAAAAUUUUAACAUUCUUAAGCUGCUCCGCACACCGCUCGAUCGAUUCUCUAAACGAUUAUUAUCUCUAAAUGUAUCGCGCGAGAGCGUUAUCGUAUUACAUCCGUCCCCCUUCCCUUUGUAGACGACGUCGGUAUAAUUAAUAAAGUAAAAAAACAAACAAUAAAGAGGAAACGACAAAACGGCAUUCAGUUAGUACUCGUCUUGAGCGCCAAGGAAAAGCUGUAAGAGUGCGGGACGCUUUACCGAGUAGUUGAAACUCUUUCUACCUACGAACACACGUCGUUGAUGUUUGGUAGAAUCGAAAAAUACACACGCAAGAGAUACUUAAACAUCGCCGGGAAUAUUUCCGACGACGGAGUAUUCACGACAGUUAUUAAUUUAUAUUCUUGACUCAUCAUUGGUAGUAUUUAGGACAAGGGGACUUUUUUCUUUUAUACUCCUAAUUAUCUCUCCUCCUUUUUACUCUAUUCUACGGUUAUCGCUAUUUUAUUGUACUAACGCUACGAUCAUAGCUACUUUAUCGAUAGUUGUUUUCGUUAUUAUUAUUACUAUUACUAUUACUAUUAUUAUUAUUAUUAAUAUUAUUAUUAUUAUUAUUGUAAUUAUAGGCAGGAUGGCCCAGUAGCAUAGUUUUUAAAUGCAAUACAGUGCUGAGCCGACUCUUAUUCUUCCUCGUCUUCUCGGCUAAACUCUGUUAUUCUCUAAGGCCCACACGCAUUUGAUCUCAUGAAUAAAAUUCUCUCGCAAUAAUUGUGUCUUUCGUAUUUCGAUCAAAAGCGUUCACGGACACGAGCUGAUGUAAACGAAAUCAGCGGCUAAAAUGCGCGUGGUAGAUAAAAGCUGCUUGCUUCGGUAUAGCACGGGCUGAGCCUGGGCCACACGAUACUUGCCCAUUUUUCCAUUUCUACUUUUAAGUCGAGAUGUUUCGCCUUCGAUCCUUUUUUUUUUUUGUAUGAUGUUUCUUCCUGGUCGAUCUACAGAGAAGAUAAAAAUUUAAAAAAAAAAAAGGAAACGUUAGUAAGGACAUUGCCGCGCAUUAUAUGAUAGUGCUUCGACGUUAACAUAAUCGGUACAGCAUCAUAUCCGUAUAUGUGUGUGCGCGCGUACACAUGCGGAAGCGGCCGUAAAGCGACGCAUACUCGGGGACCCAUUAGUCUGUGAACACUCGGAAAAAAAUUCAACAUUUGGCAAGAGAACAAUCUACACGCGAGCGGAUGCUUCAUAUGUUACGUAAUUUUGCCCGGUAUAAAUAUUCAUUUCUAAUUAUAAUUGAAGUUAUCUGACACGUGAAGAAUCGGCUUCUAACGUGGAUCAUUUUCCCUUUGUCCGAAGUUUCUCUGAUUUUCCCACAAGUGUUCACGGAUUAAGCAGCAGGCUGCCCGUGAGUGAUUAUGUGCGCGCGACACGCACAUACUCUACAUACACAUAUGUACGGCGUCCAUUCAUUAUUCUGUGGUGAGAGUUUGUCUCGCAAACUAGCAGACGAUUAUUCUAAAAUAAUGCGCAGCGGCUGGAGGAGCCAUCGAGCGUGCUUCUCUCGCUUUUUUCCCCGACACUAGACGCGUUGUAUUGUGCAAUCGCUCUUUUCACAGAGAAAACUGAUUUUUACGUGCCUUUUUAAGCAGCAGUAGUUGACGUUGAAUUCUCUGCUCGUACGUAUAUUUUAAUAGAGUAUCUCAGGCCGCGUUUUUUCGUCAGUGUCCCGUCGACGUCGAUGGGUUCCGUAUUUUCACGUAUCGUUAUCGAGAGUCUUUCGCGAUAGCGCAGUUUUCGAAUACGAUAAACGGUAAAAGUUUCACGUUGUCUCCGCGCGACGGCUCCCAUCGUAAACUUUUGCAAUCGCUGUUUUGAUGCGAUCUCGACUCGUCACCGCGUACUCGAAAUGCGCUAUUGCGAAAAGUUCCGAUUGUAUUUUAGACGUUUAUCGUUAAACGGCUGUUAGGAGUUAAGAAUUGGACGCGUUCAUCCGGGCGACGUCGCGCUCACGCCGGCGGCUCGCGGAGCGUUUCCGCUCGGUGCGACGCGCCGUCGUCCGGCGGGCCGUCACGAGUCUAUCGGCGCGGCACAAUGCCUGUCGAUGGUCUCGUGUCGGAGAACGCGUCGCCAUACGUGCAAUGAUCCCAUCGCAGGGUACGUUAACUCUCUCUCGCACUCUCUCUCUUUCUCUUUCGUCGAAAUGGUGACACGACGACUGCGCAUUCGGUAUCGUCAACUCGCCGCAAAGUAAUGAACGGAUCCUCCCCCCCGUGUGUGUGUAUGUGUGUGUGUGUAUGUCUGUUUUUGCGUAAAUCUAGAAAUUAUACCGAAUCGUUCGGCGGAGGCACCUAGUACCGGAGAACUCGCGUACGGAUAUAUCUAUAUUCAUAUAGGGAGAAGUAAAAAAAAAAAGAACUAUGAACAAUUUAUUUUUCCAACGAGCAUAUCAUAUCAUUUUUAUAAGGUAUUCGUCGGUACACGUUUUUUGGGAAAAAAACUUUCAUCAAUGAGCGAACAUCCCGCAACGGCGAUCCGCGGUUGCGAAAACAUACGUCACUUUGCCCGUAUAAAGAGAAAAAGAAAAUACGCAAUUUCUUUCUCGUCUCAAGGGAUAGAUUUAUUUUUUCUUUUUCAACUUAUCUCCGUUCCGAUUAGAACGAUAUACCCUCACUUACGCAUUUCUCCGAUUCGCGCGAAAGCAGAUACUUUGCGAAGAAUUCGGAUUGUUCUUAAACGAGAAAGCGGAGGUCGAUGACUCUGAAACAGAGAGAGAAAAAUAUACAAAUCGUCGAUCGUUUAUCUGUUCCUGAUAAUACCAGAUCGCAUAUACACUUAUACAUAUACGUAAAAUGCCGGUGUGUACGCUUGCUUUUGUACCGUUUUUCCUUUUUAGCGUUUUUCCUAACGCCGAUUUAUUAUAUUGCAAGCGCGAAUCUUAUCGUAAUGUAAUCUCGUAUUUUAUAAAGAUCAUAAUUAUACGACGUAAUUGCAUCGUCACAUAGGACAGGAAAGUAUCAAUGAAAUCAACUAAACACUCCAUGUGGAAGUGUCCGGAAAAUCGAACGGAGUCGAAGAAAGGAUCUGGCCUUUAUGAGUGUGUCUAAAUUAGCUUACGUAAAUGUACACACACACGUUAAUAUAUGCGUUAAUCUACGAACACACAAGCGUUCGUAAGUGCAUGGUGAAUUAUACAGUUUGGGACAUAUGGAAUUUCCUAUUUCGUUUGAUCGUCAUACACGCGAUACAUUGUAACAAUACUCGAUCAUCGUAUAUUACGGUAUCGUAAUGACAUCUUUAAAUGCAUUACGAUGUCGAAUAUGAUGAGAUCUCAAAAGAGCCCGUAAAAGUUGAAAUGAAAAAGGUCUCUUGCAAAAAGUAAUUCUGCUCGAUAAUCACGUGAGGGAUCCCUUAUUUAAACAGUUUUUCGUUGAUCUCGACAUUGUCGUCUAUUUUUGUAUUUUUUAUUUGAAAAGUUAUUCUCACAGAGUUUAUGAGUUGUUUUAGCAUCUAGAAAAAAUAUACUUUAUGAGUCUUGCUUUAAUAUCUAAAAAAUAUAUUCCUCGAAUAAACAUUUUGAUUCUGAUUUUGAAAUUAACACCCAUAUAUAACAAAAUAAAGUUUUGAAAAAAGAUGACAUUUAAAUUAUAUAUAAAAGAUGAGAUAUUUGAAAUUCAAGUGCGGCGUAAUUUAUUCAAUCAAUAAACACUGCUUUAUAAGGGAUAUCCCAAUCAGCUGUUUGCUGGCACUUUUUGAUAUUCCGAGCGAAGCAUUGGGAAAUUAAAAGUCUCUUUCGAUCAAUAAUCAAGAAAUCAACAAGACGGAAAAGACGCGAUUUGGAACACGCGAGUCUAAUCGGGUGCGCGCACCUACUCUAGAGAUGUACUUAAUUAUUGAUUAAUGGGAAACGGAAAAAAAACUAUGCAGAACAAAACCAACUAGAUGAUACUAUUAUAUAAUAUAUAUACAUAAAAAAAAUAUAUCUAAGCUGUUUGCAAAUGAUGAUAUAAAGAAGGGAGCAGGAAAGAGAAGGGAAAAAGGUAAUGAGAAUUUGUAAUGUAUUAUUGUGUAUUUUGUAGGCAGCUAGAGCGUGUACGUAUACAUAUGCACAGGUAUCGCCCCGGUGUACGUAUGUAUAUUUACGUAUAUAAAUAUACAUACUCUCCCUAUCCCAUCCCUCGUCUCACUUAUAUACACUUACAUAUACGCGUGCCGUUUUGCCUAAAAACGGUCAGAGGAAUAUUUUGGAUUUUACGAGAAGAAUGGGAGAGCGCUCGGAAAAGCCGCCGGGGGCUGCAACACACGCCGGAUCACAUUUUCCGAAUCUCCGAAGGAAAACCCCACUCGUCUGUCCGACGAAGCGAGGGGCAUUCUCUUCGGGGCGCAUAUUACACAUCACCGACGCGUAUCGACUUUUACACAGACACACCGACGUAUCUCGAUGCGACGACAUGUGAAACCGUGCAUGUAUAGACGCGCGCGUAUAAAACGAGAAAUUAUAACGCUUCGCGGAGCGAACGCUCGUGCCAUUCGUCUGAUCCCCCGCUUUCAGAGCUUGUCUUCUCUUUUGGAGCCAGCGAAUGGAAAUGUAAAAAGAUAGACAUUCAUCUUACAGCUAUUCAGAGACAGAGCGAGAGAUUUAGCGGUGCGGUAAAAAUUUUCCCUCUGAUAGCUCCGGAACGUUCGCUAAUGAAAUUUGUUUGAAUUUUUGAUUGAUGCACGUUACGCAAUUACGCGAACAGUUCGAUUGUAAUUGAUGUAACUGAUUGAUUUCGGCGAAACAAAUCCAAAUGGAAAGUACGAAGCUCGUUAACCGAGAUCGGAAUAUAUAUUUUCGCGAGCGAUUCGUUCUCUCAUAUUUCUGAUAUUGGAAAGCGCGACUAAGCCAGUAUAUUAAACGGGUAUAAUGAAAAGUAUAUUAUAUUUCUCAUUAUCGAGCAAUCACUCCAGAACUUCGUUAUUAUUUCUCGUUAUAUAACGACGCUCUAAAGAAAAAAAAAGGAGAGAACACAAAGAAAUGGCGCGUAAUAACGUUACAAACGUUAACAAUAAAAAGUAAACGAUAAAUUGCACGGCGACGGUGUAAUGAGUGAAAUAAUCAAUUACUGAUUAGCUAGGCAGUAAUGGAAUAUCAUUACGUGCCGACUAAAUUCCCUCCCAUCGCAGAUUGAUUGUGUGUUAACUAAUAAGAUUAAGUAAUAUAGUACAGUUAAGGAAUUUAAUUAUUAUGGAUAAAUAAAUAAAAAAAAUACUAUCUGUAUGCUAAGCACACACAUUUCAAGCCGUAACGUGACGUAUGGCUAAAGGCAAUGUUUAUGACUUAAACGAGUCUUUAAUUUUAAUGUGACACACUGAGUUACUCGGCGCGUCUGCACCGCGACGCACAGAAACGUCAAAUUACCUUGUUAACUCUGCAAACUGAAAGAUCGUUCAAGAGACAAAAAAUGGAGUAUUAGCAAUAGCAUAACUAUACACAUGUACACGACACAAGAUCACGCGCGGCCGCAUAUACACGCUGCACAGGCUAGGAAAAAUGAAAUACUAUCUAUAACGACAUUAUAAAUAACAUUAAGACGUCAACUGUAUUUGUUUAAUAAAGAUGUACAUU